ACCGAACGGACGUGUUUGCUCGGAGCUCUUGGCUUGUGUCUCGAAAACGCUUUGGCGCUGUUUCGUGAGUUUUUCUCGUCAAUUGGUGUUAACUGUGGCAACAAACUCACACACACUUAGACAAAAACACGGUCCGCGAGUUCUUAACCUUUAUCGUUGUGUUGUGCUUUGCGUGCCAUUUAAACAAUGAAUUAUUGAUACACGACGCAGCACAUUAAAAACUCAAGCAACAUAAACAAUUAAAAAUAUUUAGUGCAUUCCUAAUUAAAACUCGUUAAGUGUACUCUCUCGCUUGUGUCUCAAAUUAGUGCGCAAAGAAUUGCAAGCAAACUGUAAAUUUUUUAUACAAUUUUUUUUCUUGUGUGGCAUAAACAUAAACUAACUGCAACGCGUAAAAACAACAACACAAGCCUAAGCAAAAUUGCAAAUUCGACGAGCAGCAAUAUUGACAACAACAAAAUCAAAGCGAAAUCAGCUAAAAUGGGCCAACAACGGCGAGUGGCACUAGCCGCUCUCUAUGCGCUGCUCUGCAGCUGCUUGACUAUAGAGUUAAGCCAGGCACAGCAGCAACCAUCACUGGAGAUAUAUCCGAUGCAAUCGGUGCAACGCAAGCCCGUGGGCAAACCCUUGAUACUCACCUGUCGUCCCACUGUACCCGACCAGGCACUCGUUACGGAUCUGCAAUGGAAGGAUAAUACCAACAACACUAUCUUGCCCAAGCCCAGCAAUUAUUACCCACUGUAUGAUUCCAAGGGGAAUCGAAAAAAUGUCACGGGACGCAACCAGCCACCGAUGUAUACGGAAACAUUGCCCGGCGAAAGUUUGGCUCUGAUGAUAUCGUCCUUGUCGAGUGAAAUGGGCGGCCAAUAUUAUUGCACUGCCUCAUAUGCAAAUACUGAAUUGCUACAGACGAGCGUCACAAUUAAAACUUAUGUUGCUAUAACAUGGACAAAUGCGCCCGAGAAUCAAUUCCCCAUACUGGGCGAUGACUACGUGGUGAAGUGCGAGGUGAAAGCGGAUCCCAAUCCGACCAUCGAUUGGCUGCGCAAUGGCGAUCCGAUACGCACUGAUGCCAAGCAUGUGGUGCAGACCCAUGGAUUGCUCAUACGCAACGUAUCCGAGGAGGACGACGGCAUCUACACUUGUCGUGCGGCGGUCAUUGAAACGGGCGAACUGCUGGAGCGCACCAUACGCGUUGAGGUCUACAUACGUCCGGUGAUAACGAUGCUGCCCAGCACUUUGGAGGCCGUGGAGGGCAAACCGUUUGCCGCCAACUGCACAGCCAUAGGCAAGCCGGUGCCAGAGAUUAGCUGGAUUAAGGACUCGGCGCAGCUGAAUGUGGCCAAUGCGGAUCGCUUUAAGGUGAAUGCCCUGACUGGCCUGCUGACUGUCAGCAAUGUGGUGCAGGAGGAUUACGACACUUACACCUGCAUUGCCAAGAAUGCCGCCGGCGUUGUGGACCAGCGCACCAAGCUCAAUGUGCUGGUGCGUCCGACUGUCUACGAGCUGUACAACAUCACCGGAGUGACUGGCAAGGAGGUGUCGAUUGCUUGCCGCGCUCGUGGACGUCCCGCUCCGGCCAUAAGCUUCCGCCGCUGGGGCACCGAGCAGCAGUACACGCCAGGCGUCCAGCUGGACGAUGAGCGCAUCACACUCACUCAAUACUUCAAUGAGGAACGUGGCGAGAGCAGCGGCACCUUGCGCAUUGCGCGCUCCCAGCGCACCGACGAUGGCCUGUACCAAUGCAUUGCCACCAACAAGGGCGACACUGCCUUCAAGACUGGACACAUCGCUGUGGAAUUCCCGCCCGAUUUCAGCCACAUGAAGGAGCUGCCGCCUGUUUUCAGCUGGGAUCAGCGCAAGGCCAAUCUCAGCUGCUUGGCCAUGGGCAUACCCAAUGCCACCAUCGAAUGGCGCUGGAAUGGACGCAUCAUCAAGGACUUGUAUGAUACCAAUCUCAAGAUCGAGGGCACCGGUCCACGCAGCGAUCUCAUUGUGCAUCCCGUGACGCGUCAAUAUUUCUCCGCCUACAAGUGCAUCGCUACCAAUAUCCAUGGCUCGGCCGAGCAUGACAUGCAGCUAAAGGAGGCACGCAUACCCGAGUCUGUGUCCGCCGCUGUGCCGCGCCAGGUUACGGCCACCACCAUUGUGUUCGAUAUACGCGGCCCACCCACCGAGCUGGGACUGCCCAUUUUGGCCUAUAGCGUGCAGUUCAAGGAGGAACUCAAUCCGGACUGGUCCACCGCCCUGAAUCGCACCUGGUCCCCCGACUCCCCGUACAUUGUUGAGGGCCUGCGUCCCCAGACUCGCUACAGCUUCCGUUUCGCCGCCAAGAACCAGGUCGGACUAAGCAACUGGGGCGUCAACCAGCAGCAGUCCACCCAGCGUCGUUCCGCCCCCGAGGAGCCCAAGCCGCUGCACAGCCCCGUCCAGAACGACAAGGAGGAGCCCGUCGUCGUCUCUCCCUACUCGGAUCACUUUGAGCUGCGCUGGGGCGUGCCUGCCGACAAUGGCGAGCCCAUCGAUCACUAUCAGAUCAAAUACUGUCCAGGCGUUAAAAUGGCCGGCACUUGGCACGAACUGGAGAACGAAUGCAACUCUGUUGAAGUGAGGGAGACAACUUCCUACCAGAUGACCGAGCUGAGCGGCAACACUUAUUAUCGCAUCGAAUUGAAGGCACAUAACACGAUUGGGUAUUCAUCGCCAGCGGCGAUUAUAAUGAAGACGACACGAGGCAUCGAUGUUAUCCAAGUGGCCGAUCGCCAGGUUCUCUCUUCGGCCGCCAUUGUGGGCAUCGCCAUUGGCGGCGUGCUCGUUCUGCUCUUCAUUGUGGAUCUGCUCUGCUGCAUGACCGUCCACAUGGGCGUCAUGGCCACCAUGUGCCGCAAGGCCAAGCGCUCGCCCUCCGAAAUCGACGAUGAGGCCAAAUUGGGCAGUGGACAGCUGGUUAAGGAGCCACCACCAUCACCGUUGCCACUGCCGCCGCCAGUUAAGCUCGGCGGCUCACCAGUGACAUCUCCAUUAGACGAAAAGGAGCCGCUACGCACACCCACCGGCAGCAUUAAACAAAACUCAACCAUCGAGUUUGACGGACGUUUCGUUCAUUCACGUAGCGGUGAAAUUAUUGGCAAAAAUUCGGCUGUCUAAGCUGCAACAACAACAAAAACCAAAUGCACAAAACUUGCAACAGAGAAUAGUAUUGAACAACCAAUAGCUGAGCAUCACCAAUCCGUAAAAAUACAUAUAUACAUUAACUUAUUUAAGCCGCACUGCUUAACAACAAAUGAAAAUGCCGAACAAAGUCAGUCAAGUCCAAAACCCCAGUCGGAGAGGAAGAAUUCAACUGAAGUGAAGCCAAAGCCAAGUUGAAAUCCAUUCUUUUCAACUUUAUAUACUCUAUACGCGAUAUCUAAAGCAAACAUAAAUAGUAUUGUAAGCUCACAUACAAAUGCAAACAAAAACAUUCUUAACUUUAUAAAAACAACAAAAACAAAAACUCGAUAUGUCCAUGUUGCUUCAAAUUGUAUUCGCUGCAUAGCUUUUAAAUUUCUUUUUGCAUUAGCAGAGAGAAUUACAUAAUGAAAAAAAGAAAAACUUAAAUUAAUGCCUUACCAUAUGAAGAACAUGAAAUAUUACAUUUAUUUAGCGUUUAAAGAGAUCAUUGAAAUUCUACUGUAAGUUUUAAGGGCGAAUAAUAAAUUAUAAACAAAUAUUAG